CUGAACAUCUAAGAUGGGAAAGAUCAUCUUCUACGAGGAUAGAAACUUCCAGGGGCGCUCUUAUGAGUGCAGUUCUGAUAGUUCAGACUUGAACUCCUUUUUCAACCGUUGCAACUCUAUCAGGGUAGAGAAUGGAAACUGGAUGCUCUAUGAACAACCCAACUAUUCAGGACAUCAGUAUUUUCUGAAGAGAGGAGAAUACCCUGACUUUCAGCAGUGGUACGGCUUCAAUGACUCCAUCAGAUCUUGCCGUAUUAUUCCUCAGCAACGAGGAUCCAAUAGAAUAAAAAUCUAUGAGAGAGAAGAUUUUAGAGGAGACAGCAUGGAGUUCACAGAUGACUGCCCAUCUGUCCAUGAGCGUUUUAAUUACCAUGAAAUUUACUCCUGCAACAUUUAUGAUGGCCACUGGAUAUUCUAUGAGCAGCCCAACUACAGAGGGCGUCAGUACUACCUGAGACCAGGGGAGUACAGGCGAUACAAUGAUUGGGGAGCCAUGAAUGCAAGAAUUGGCUCCUUCAGACAUGUCAGAGAAUCUUAUUGAGUCAAAAAGCUGUAAGCAUGAAUGCAAUGGCUUUGAAAUAAAAUCUCACUGUUUAAAAAAA